CUGGAUUAAAAAAAAAACAAAAAGCUGAAAACAUCAAAAUGAUGUUCUCUGAAUUUUUAAAAACUCAACAAAAAUUCUCAAACAAAAAAAAGAGAACGAGUUCUCUGAAUGUGUUCUCUCUAUCCUAUAGUGUAAUCAGGUUUUGAAUUGCAAUGGGCUUACUCCAGAUUUGAGUUCUAAAGAGAAGACAAGUUGACAAAUAAGACUUACAUACACAGGAAGAUAAUUUUUGCUAUGGCAUAUUGCUAGAUUUGAAAUGAGUAUGACAACUGAGAAUAUAGAUGAUGAUACAUGCUUGUGGGGACCAACUAUAGAGAAAUUUUUUAUUGAUAUCAUGGUUGAUGAAGUGAAUAAGGGAAAUAUGACAAGUGGUCAGUUUAGCUCAAAGACAUGGGCAAGAAUUCUUGAGGAUUUGCAAAGUAAAAGUAAGCGAAAGUAUGUAAUGAAACAAGUUAAGCAAAAGUUUCAUAGGUUACGCACCAGGUAUCGUGAGUUUUCUGAAUUGUCGAAACAAACUGGAUUUGGUUGGAGUCGUGAAAAAGAUACUGUGACUGCUCCUGAAGAAGUAUGGCAGAAUUAUAUAAGGGCACAUCCAAGGGCAGCACAAUAUCAAAAGAAAGGAUGUGAUCAUUUUAGAUUGUUGGAACUAAUUUUUAGUAAAUCAACUGCGACUGGUUUACACCAUCGUUCUGCUGCUUCAGGUCCACCCAAUACUGAUAGUAAUUGCUUGUUGUACACUUCAUAAUUUUAUUCGACAACGCACCCAAUAUGAUCAUAUGUUUAGAGAAUGGGAAGAAAAAGAACUUGAGAGUGAAGACAACAUAGAAGGAUGGGAAACCAGUGUGUCAAGAUAUGAAGUUAAUUUGUCUGAUGAAUCUGCUGCGGCAAUGGCACGUGUUCGAGAUCGUAUUGCUCAAACUAUGUGGACGGCUUAUAAUAAUAGAAAUUAGUCAAUUAUAUUUUAAUGUUUGAUGAUACAUUCAGGAUUAAAUUUAUUUUUAUAAGGAUAUAUUGUAGACUAAUGGUUAUUUUACAUCUAUUUUAGAUUAAAAAAUUCUUUAA